UGAUAGUCUAUCAGCAAGGCGACUAACAUGUAGUAUAUGCAUUAUAAUUGGAAUUUUCGUCCAGCCCGGCGAUUCGCAACCACAGGUCUUCUAACCACAAACAACCUGUAGUAUUAUUAGUAGCUUGACUAUGAAGGACACAAAAAAAACACAUGGCGGAUCACAUCGGCGUCUUUACGGAUUGACAGUCUUGAUUUCGAUCGCGGUGGUGAUUUUCAUCUUUCUGUGGAGACCAAUACUGCUUUCGUAUUUCUUCAGAUACACUAAGAUUAUUAUUUCAGAAGCUAUGAGCUAUGAGCAAAGAAUUAUGGACAAUGAAUUACAGCUUGCUCGUAAGGAAUGGAGAACGUACCAGAUUGAAAGCCGUUUUGGGCAAGAAUGGUGCAAAGAAAAUGUACAAUCAAGAAGCGAUGUCACAUGGCUAACAAUUGUGGUAAACGAUAAUUUCGUCGUUCCUGCGUUGGUUCUGGCUCACUCCAUUCGAACGUUCUCUUGCCACAAGAACAUGAUUGCUCUGAUUGCAGAUACAGUGACAAAAGAAGCCCAAAGGGCACUUCAGCGAGUUGGUUGGGAAACUCGAGUAGUCGAAGCAAUGGACUGUGACUGGCUGGAUGCAAAAUUGAGCUUUGAAAGAAACGAAGGAUUGUUCGGAAGACCACGAGGCUACAGAAUAAUAGGAACACACACUCGAUUUCACGCGUGGAAAUUUACUGAAUUUUCUAAAAUCAUUUAUGUCGACGCCGAUUACAUGUUGAUGACGAAUAUCGAUCAACUGUUCGAUAUUCCAGAUGACUUUGCCGCCGUACCAUGCGCACGACCUGGCGUGGUAGAUCCUUGCUUUAAUGCUGGUCUCCUUGUUUUUAAACCUGACACGAAAUACUAUCAGGAAAUCAUGGACUUAUGGCGAGAAACCACCGAAAGAGAUACUUGUCCCGACGAUCAAGUUUUGCUCUGGCAUUAUUAUGCAGAUGCUGGUAAAUGGAGAGCACUUCCUUACGCGUUUAACAUCAGACUCAUCACCUACAGACCUUUUAACUCUUAUCACUUUGCUGGAGGCAAAGGCGGCUAUCAUCCCCCCAAGCCGUGGUCCGCAGAUUGCAGACCAAGCAGGAAAGAAGCUGCAGAGUAUGACAGACCAAUUGUUGAUAUAACAGAUGUAGAAAUAAUUUUCUGGAAGAAUUUUUAUCAGCUAUUGCAAAGGUAUAAUUUAGAGGACUGGUGGAAAUCUACAAAGCUGUUUCGACCAAGGCAAGAGUUUGGUGUUGUACCCUAUGUGGAUUGUAAACAAAGUGACUUGUGAUAUGAGAGCGAAGACAUACCAGUGGGUUACCGUUCGAUGGAACUUGGAUUUGCUUGUAAAUUAGUAAAGGAAAAGUGGAGUUAUAGUCGCGAUAACACCUUUUCGAUCAGAAGUUUUUUCUAUUUUCAUCAACUGUCCGCUGUUUACUGUUUUGAUCUGAAUUACAAGGAGUUACAUGGCACUGAUUUCUCAGAGUUUAAAACAAUAUUAAACCAAGAAUGAACUACUCGAUUACAGCUUUAAAUACUGAUAAGUGGUGGUCACCAUUUUCUGUUUACAGAAAACAUUAAUAUUAUUUUUUCCUUUUAUU